CUUCAGAACCAAACCCAUCCUGACUGGACCUUUGGAAACAGACCCAGCCUUCCUGGACCAUCAGAACCAGAUCCAUCCUGUCUGGACCUUCAGGAAAAACGGGGAGAGACCUGAAACAUGAUUGACGGUGAGCUUCCUCCUCCAUCAAGCUCAAACUCUGCUGGGAGAAGAUCAUCUCAGUGGUGUGGAGGAGCUACCAGAGGGAUGGGGAUGGAGAGGAGGCACUGGGAGCAGGACAACGGUCUUUGCCACCACAGCCACCGCCGCCACGGAAGGCUGGCCGUGCUCUCCAGGUCCCUCAUCCUCUGUCACUCUGAGACCCAGGAGGACCGUCCACCACAGAGGAAAGCUGGGAAUCUGUCAGAAGUGUGCAGACUGUGGACCAAUAGCAGGAGAGCAGACAUGAUAGAGGACGAAGAAGUCCCGAAUGAAGCCUGGAGGCUGAUCCGGCAUUCAACCAGGGAGGGAAGAUUCCACAACCAAAGAAGAACCCACAAGGAGAGCAAAUGGAGAAGCUGGAGGUCCCUCACCAUGAAGGAGAGCAGCAUCUGGAGGAUGUGCCUGGCCACGGUGCCUGCUGAUGAUGCACCAUCAAUGGCCGACAGCAGCAUCCAGACUGACCACAGAGAUGACAGAGUUGAUGUCCUGAAGAACGAAGGGAAACUGGUCAGACACCAGACCCCUCUGAGUCCAGACCAGCUCACCUGCUUUCAGAACCAGGUUGUGGACAGCGGAGGAAGCAGCAGCUUCCACCAGAACAUCUGCAGUCAGUUAGCCAUCCCAGAGGUGAAUGAAGAACGGUCCCCGGAUGGAAGGAAACCCGAGCUGAGCCCACCAGAACCAGAACCAGUGGACGACAGCAAAACACAGUCCAGUUCAACCAGUGUUAAUCCUUACUGGAUAGGAGAUCUGGACAGCAUCAUCAUUAAGGCGCCUGAGCUGCUGCUCAACCAUCCUCAACAUAUAGCUGGGGUCUAUGAAAAGAGGAGGUCCCUGUCGCAGCAGCUGGAGGUUCCUCACACCACUGCACAGCCCCACCGGCUGCCCUCCUGCUCCCUGAGCUCUGCUCCGCUCUUCAGCUCCUGCAGCAGCCUGCAGGCCUUCAUCAUCUCCACCAUCGUGCUGAUGAAGGGUCAGGGGAAGGGUUUGGGCUUCAGCAUCGUUGGAGGGAGGGACAGUUUGUACGGACCAAUGGGGAUCUACGUGAAGACCAUUUUCCCAGCAGGAGCAGCAGCUGCAGAUGGACGUUUGCAGGAAGGUGAUGAGAUCCUGGAGGUCAACGGAGAGUCUCUUCAUGGUCUGACUCAUGACGAAGCUCUGCAGAAGUUCAAACAAAUAAAAAAGGGUCUCCUGACGAUGGCGGUGAGGACAAGUGUCCGUGUCAGGGCCCCAUGUGGUCUGGAGCCGGUUCCCCAGCUCUACAGGUCUUGCUCCCUCGGUUCCACAACAGCCACAGCAGAGUACGGCCACAUGAACAACUCCAGCAACACCCUGAUCCCGGGCCAGAAACUCAGAGACCGGAUUAUGAUGGACAUCGUCCUGCAAAAAGAGACCGGAGUCGGUUUGGGUAUCGGACUGUGCUGUGUUCCCGCUGGUAAUGGUUCUCCUGGGAUCUACAUCCACACCCUGUCUCCUGGGUCUGUAGCGCACAUAGAUGGCAGGCUGCAGUGUGGAGAUGAGAUCAUGGAGAUCAAUGACACUCUGGUGUACAGCAUGGAGCUGAAUGAUGUGUACUCAGUUCUGAGCCAGUGCAUGUCAGGUCCAGUGCACAUCAUCAUAAGUCGACACCCCAAUCCUAAAGUUUCCGAGCAACAGCUGAAUGAUGCCAUCGCUGAGGCAGUGGAAAACAGCAAACUGAGAAGGGAUAAAAGCCAGUGGAGCAUAGAUGGAGUGUGUCGGGCAGAGUCUUCCUCCCACAGCCGGCAGCAAGAUGAACGAUUUCAGGAGCAGAGUCUCAGUCUGUCAAGAGUUCAGCAACCCCAGAAGACCAUGACCCGCUCAUGGAGUGACAACAGCCACCAGCACAACCAUGUGCCCGUUAACAACCAUCGCAAAGUCCUCCAUGACCCACGGCCCUGUGUUCACAGCCUUGAAACUCCCCAGUUGGUGAUGGAGUUUUGGUCUGAAAACAGACUGUCAGUGCCUGUGUACCCAGAUGAAGAUUAUCACACCCCAUACAAUUCCAAUGCUAUCACCCGGUCCAUUCCCUGCGGCCUUAAUCCAGUCCAAACCAGAAAGAACAGAAAAAAGGAAGAAGAAGCAGCAACCGAUCAGUCGACGGGGAGCACAGAGGACUUCGUCCGUGCACAAACUGUUGUUGCCACCAACCACCCACCUCAGGCAGGUGAUUCAAGUGCUGUACUCUGCUCAAGACCAUCCAGAGGAGUGCUGAGGAGGCAGGCUUGUGUAUCCCAGCAUCAGGAUCCUUGGGUUUAUCUUCCACUUAGCACCCCUAAAGAGCUAUCCGAGGUCCAGACCCCCACACAUAGCAUCCAUAGCAUCCCCGCGACCAUGAUUUAUGAAGAUGACAGCAUCACCAAGCUCAGUGAGGGAGCCAGAUAUGCCACACCCACUGAAAAUGUAACUCAAAAUCCCAUGGGACCAAAAACAGCACCCCCAGUGGCCCCCAAACCGGCCUGGUUUCGCCAGAGUCUAAAGAAAAUACGGGUUGAUCAGGACCAGAAGAAGCAAGCAAGCAAGUCCCUAGAGCUUGGGUCUGCUGCAGGCUUCAGCAGGAGCUUUGGAGGCAGAUCUGGGCCAGUUCCAUCCAGCAUGGCAGUCAAACAGAAGAUCCAUUGCUUUGAGUUUCUUUCAGAAACUCAGGAGAAAGAAGGUACCAGAAGGCCUGUCAUGGAGAAAAAGUCCAGGAGUCUCUGCAGUUCACAUCCAACCUCACAUGGAGAUCUUGGGAUGGGCAAAUGUGACACAAAGUCAAACUGGUCCAAACCUGCCUCUGCUGUCUCUUCCGUCUUCCCCCCAGAUACUCAUGAAAGUUGUCAAACAGAAGCAAAGUCCUACAAAAAUAUUCUUACUCUUCGGUCCUCCAAUCAUCUGUCAUCCUCUGAUGAUAAUCUACACCCCUCUAUCACCGCCCCUGGGUCUUCCAAUGAUGUCCCACCCUCUAACACCGUCACUGGGUCUUCCAAUGAUGUCCUACCCUCUAACACCGUCACUGGGUCCUUCAAUGAUGUCCCACCCUCUAACACCGUCCCUGGGUCUUCCAAUGAUGUCCCACCCUCUAACAGUAUCCUUGGGUCCUCUGAAGAUGUCCCACCCUCUAACACCGUCCCUGGGUCCUCCAAUGAUGCCCCACCCUCUAACACCGUCCCUGGGUCCUCCAAUGAUGUCCCACCCUCUAACAGUAUCCCUGGGUCCUCUGAAGAUGACCCACCUUCUAACACCGUCCCUGGGUCCUCUGAUGAUGUCCCACCCUCUAACACCGUCCCUAGGUCCUCCAAUGAUGUCCCACCCUCUAACACCGUCCCUGGGUCGUCCGAAGAUGACCCACCUUCUAACACCAGCCCUAUGGAUCUUGAGUCAGUGCUCAACGUUGCUUCUUUGGCUUCGGUCCAUGAUGACAGUAAAGUCUUUACAUCCAGACAGGAGUCUGAGCCACAAAAGGAGGGUAUCAGUGAGUCUACAGAAUCCAGGGUCCUGCUUACUCCAGCAUUAGAAAGCUCUGGUCCAAAUGAGGCAGAGAACAGUUCAGAAACAGCUGGACCCCUGAGAACGGAUCUAUCCACUGAGAGUCCGGCCCUGAAAGAGCAGGAGGGAGAGCAGAUGGGCAAGAUCAUCGCCUUCAGCAACCAGGUUUCUCGGGCGUUGAUGCGCUCCCUCCUCAGUUCCUCCCAUGGUGACCCCCCGGGCCCUUCGGCUGAAGAUGUUUCUAACCCUCCGGAGUCUGAAUCGGGCCUGAAUACCACCAACAAAGGCUUCUCCGUCAGCUUGGCUUUUCUGAGGGAAUACACGACGGAGCGAGGAGAGGUGGAGUCGGACAGUGAGGGGGUGCCCACGCCCGUCGCCUCUGUUCUCCCUCCCCAUGAGAUACAGAGGAUGAUCCAGGAAGUUAAAGAUCUGGAUGAAGAGUCGGUGAAGACGCUCAUCAACAUCCACGUCAUCAUUCUUCACAAAGAGGAAGGAGCCGGGCUGGGCUUCAGCAUCGCAGGAGGCUGUGACUUGGAGAGCAAAACUCCCACGGUCCACAAAGUGUUUCCCAGCGGCCUGGCGGCUCAGCAGGGCACCAUUCAGAAAGGAGACCAGGUCCUGUCCAUCAACGGCCAGACCCUGCACGGUGUGACCCACGCUGAGGCCACGGCCGCCCUGCGUCAGACCCGCGGGCUGAAGCUGGCCGUGGUGGUGGUCUGCAGGGGGGCCCCCCAGGAGUCCAGGGAGGGCCGGGGCCCUGCAGCCGAGGACUCCAGUCCUUCUUACAAAUCGUUUGACCUUCGUUGUCGUGGUGUUGCAGGAGACGAAUGGGAAGCCCCGGUGACUGUGGAACUGGAGAAAGGUGUUGGAGGAGUUGGCUUCACUUUGGAAGGAGGAAAAGGUUCAAUCCACGGGGACAGGCCCUUAAUCAUCAACAGGAUCUCCAAUGGAGGAGCAGCUGAGCUCAGUGGUCUUCAGUGCGGAGAUGAGGUUCUGCAGGUCCAGGGGGUCAGUCUGCAGGAAAAUACUCGAUUUGAGGCCUGGAACAUGAUCAAGGCUCUACCUCAAGGACCAGUCGCGGUGGUCGUCAGGAGGAGGCAGCCGGCGGAGGAAGGACAGAUGUAGCCAGGACUGGAGUUGAGGGGAGAUGAGGG